AUGCGGUGCGGUGUGGGUGCGGUGUGGUGCAGGAGCAGUGCGGUGUGGGUGCGGGAGCGGUGCAGUGCAGGAGCAGUGCGGUGUGGGUGCGGUGCAGGAGCGGUGCAGUGCAGGAGCAGUGCGGUGCGGGAGCGGUGCGGUGCAGGAGCAGUGCGGUGUGGGUGCGGUGCAGGAGCAGGAGCAGUGCGGUGUGGGUGCGGAAGCGGUGCGGUGCAGAGCAGUGCGGUGCGGGUGCGGUGCGGUGCGGGUGCGGUGCGGGAUCUCUCCGCGCUCCGCUGCGGCUCCUUUAAGACCGGCGGGGGCGGCGGGCGCGAGGCGGCGCGCGCGGCUCCCGGCGGCGGGGGCGGGGCCCGGUGCUGGUGCCGGUGCCGGUGCCGAUCCCGGAGCCGGCCCAUGUCCCGGCCCGCGGCGCCGCCCGGCUCCCCGCGCCUCCUCGGGGGGCUCAGCACGGCGCAGCUCCGGGCUCUGCUGCAGGACGAGCCGCGGCUGCAGCGCGCCGCCCGCCUCAGCAGGAAGUUCCAGAGUCUCCAGCUGGAGCGGGAAAUGUGUUUGGCUUCAAAUUGCACCCAGGCCAGGGUGAAUCUGUCCCUGCGCCCACGGCUGGAGGAUGGGAAGGCUUCCCUGGCCAUCAAGUACCAGGAGCUGCAGGAGAUCCGAGAGGCAUGCUGGGACAAGCAGCAACGCCUGGAGGUUUACCUGGAGAAGUGGAGCCCACAGAGCGCCCUGGGCCAGCUCCAAGCCAAGCUUGAUGCCUCCGAAGCAGAGUCAGAGGCCCAGAUAAAGCAGUUCCUGGCCCAGGAGCUGCCCCUCGAGUCCUUCCUGGAGUCCUUCUGCCAGAGCCGCACACGCUCCCACGUCUGCCGGACACAGCUGGAGAAACUGCAGGAGCUGCUGCAGAAGGACCAGGUGCAGAAGGACCAGGUGGGCAGGGACCCUGUGGGGUGCCCAGGUGCCCCAGCUAGCAUGGCACCAGCCCGCCUUGCCCCCUUGCAGAGCGGAGCAGCCCCCAAAGCCUUUGAUCUGUCCUACGGCUUUGUGCCUGCCGUCCUCAUCCCCUCGGAGGCUGCCGUGCCCUUUCCCGUGCCGGCUGCACCUCCCAAGCACCAUCUCCCAGCCCUGGCACAGCAGCCAGCAUCUCCCUGCUCCGAAGUGCCCGGCCUGGGCUCUCCCCUGCGCCUCGUUGGACACGUGCCCGUGCUCAGCCCCCAGCCCCGGGAGCAGGAGCCGCCGCACCGGUAGCAGGGCAGGGUGAGGAUGGCCCCGCUCCCGCCCUCCCGGGGCUGGGCAGCAGCACCGAGGGCAGGAACAG